CCUAAUCCCCACAUUGGUAAACCCAUUUUCUCUUUCUUCCAGAUCUGGCCAAGCAUUCAUCUCAGCCCGUUAUGGAGCUGGACGUGGUGCCAUUUGGAUGGAUGACGUGUCCUGUCAGGGCAAUGAAACCUCCUUGUUCCAUUGUUCCCACCAUGGUUGGGGCAGACACAACUGUGGCCACAAUGAGGACGCCAGUGUUAUGUGCAUCAAUGCUCCUGCGACAACUUUACAGACACCAAACAUUACAGAAAUUGAAAACCUGCCAGAACCUGUGACCUAUCCUCCCUCAAGUGAAGGGUCAGUCAAGUUAGUUGGUGGUAAUGCACCCAAUGAAGGACGUGUUGAGAUUUACCAUGCAGGUGUCUGGGGUACAAUAUGUGAUGAUUCAUGGGACGAGAGGGAUGCCACCGUUGUCUGUCGAAUGCUGGGCUACACACGUGGGCGUGCCAUCAUGUUGGCAGCAUUUGGAGCUGGAACCGGUCAAAUAGCCAUGGAUGACGUCAGUUGCCUAGGUAACGAACUCUCUCUGUCUGAUUGUCAACACAACGGAUGGUUAAACCACAACUGCGCUCACUAUGAGGAUGCAGGAGUGUCAUGUUUCUAGGACACACAGACAGACACGAACAGAGAAGGCGGAACUUUCUGGAAUUGACAUUUCUCUUCUUUGUGAUGCACAGAAAUCUAUUGUAACAUAUGUAUUUCACAAAAAA